GAGUGUGUGUGAGUGUGUGUGUUUGAUUGGUCUUCAUACUGUGCUGUAGUUUUAUGCUCCGUGGUGUGGAUACUGUAAGAAGCUGGAGCCGAUCUGGCAGGAGGUGGGAGCGGAGCUGACGCGCUCGGGGUCGCCGGUCCGAGUCGGAAAGAUGGACGGCACGGCAUACUCAGGUGUGGCGUCAGAGUUCGGCGUGCGAGGAUAUCCCACCAUUAAACUGCUGAAGGGGGAACUGGCAUAUAAUUACAAAGGACCAAGAACCAAAGAUGACAUAAUCGAGUUUACCAACAGAGUGUCUGGGCCAGCCGUGCGGUCGCUGCCCAGCAGACAGAUGUUUGAGCACGUCUUGAAGAGGCACAGUGUGUUGUUUCUGUAUGUCGGAGGCGAGUCUCCUCUGAAAGAGAAGUACACAGAGGUGGCGUCUGAGCUCAUUGUGUACACCUAUUUCUUCUCUGCGUCUGAAGACGUCUUACCAGAGUCUGUGACUUUGCAUGAAUUGCCUUCAGUGGUCGUCUUCAAAGAUGGAACCUAUUUCACAUACGAUGAGUAUGAAGACAGCAGCUUGUCGUCCUGGGUGAACCGAGAGCGGUUCCAGAGCUACCUGCCGAUCGAUGGAUUCACGCUGUAUGAGCUGGGAGAGACCGGUAAACUGGUGGCGAUUGCAGUUACUGAUGAGAAAGAUCCGACAGAGCGAAGCAGCAGGUUGAAAGGUCUGAUCCAGAGAGUAGCUGCUGAACACCGAGAUCAGUUCAACAGAGAUUUCCAGUUCGGCCACAUGGAUGGAAACGACUACAUCAACAGUCUCAUAAUGGGCGAGGUGUCUGUGCCCAGCAUCAUCAUCCUCAACACCUCAAACGAGCAGUACUUCGUGCCGGCGGAGCCUGUGGAGGAUCUUCAGCAGCUGCUCCAGUUCUUCAGCAGCGUUCUGGACGGCAGCGCUCCGGCGUAUGGAGGAGACGGGAUUCUCCAGAGGAUCAAGCGUGUGGCGUAUGAUGCCAGAUCCACUGUAAUGUCAGUGUUCCGCAGCUCUCCGCUGCUCGGCUGCUUUCUCUUCGGUCUGCCGCUAGGCGUCAUCAGCCUCAUGUGCUACGGCAUCUGCAUGGCCGAGUCUGACGACGACACGGAGCUGAUGAAGAGAGACGGCUUCACGGACGAGGAAGAGGAGGAGGGCGAGGAGGAAGAGCAGCAGCGGCUGACGGCCGGAGCAGAGGGAGAGGAGGAUGAAGACGCAGAGAAGAUCGAGCAAAAGAGUCUGGCUGAAAAAAAGGUGGAUUAACGAGAAACAAACGCCUCCGAAGAGGAAACCAUGGCCUAGAGUCUCCUCGCUGGUUUUCAUUGGAUUAUUUGUUUUCUAAUUCAUUAUUUUCAGAAUUGCUCCACCAAAAGUCUUGUUUCUGAAAUCUUCAAGACCAGUCAUGGAGCUCCGCAUGUGACUGUAUUGAGUUACAAAAGCACAUAGACUGUUUUAAAGUGAGCGACAGCUUAUUAAUAAUCAUUUCUGUUAUAAUGUGUCCUUAUGAGCCAUUCUGGAUGGUCACUUUAAAUCACGUGUCGACUGCAGUUAACUCGAUGCUAAACGAUCGAUCUCUCAAUGGACACACGUCCUACUUUUUAAAACAUUUUUGGAUGAGAAAGUGCAGUUAUUGUUGCAUCAGAGACUUGAUCUCCAGAGAUUGUCUUACAUGAGAUUCAUUACAUUAUCAAAACAUAAUGACCGCACACAGAUGCUUUUCUCCUGCUUGCUGCACAGACGUGAUCUUACCGAAUGUAGAAGUCUAGUUAUUCUAGUAUGGAUUUGGUAAGAGUGUGAAAUGAUGAACGAAGGCUUGGGCUUUAUCAAAUGCACUGAACACAUUCACACACACACAGCAGCUUUAGGUUCAGUUGAUUUUUUUUAUUUUGAACUAGAUAGUGUUGAUCCUAGAGAAACAUGGGCGUUCCUUCUGUAGGGUGCUAUUUAACAUUUUAUAGCAGGUAGAGUCAGUGUAUGUGUUUUACAGAUAUAAAGGCUUUGUGUCAGCUCUUCUCAGCAUCAGUUACCAAAAUUUCCUCAGAAACUGUUAUUGCAUUCAUGAAAAAGGAAAGUGAAGACGCGGGACUUUUAUUUAGAUUCUCAAAACAACAGCGAAUCACCGUAAACGGCUGUAAAAGUCUGUGACCGGAGACGUUUGCUCGUGAUGAACGGUUUUACUGCGCUUCAGAUCAGCAGAUCUCAGACACACUGUUACUAGACAGCGUUUCCAGUUUGAGCCAAAGCUGUCGUUACGUAAGAACAUCCACGAGUAUUUAAGAGCUCGCGCUGGAUUGUAAUGGAGAAACGUUGCUAACCCUUGCCUUCACAUUCCCCUCCUGAUGCCUGUUGUUACUGUAAUGAUUCUCUUAUUUUAACACACAACUUGUCUUACUGUUUCUGCUUUGUUCAUUAAAUGUUUCUUUGUCUCUCUCUCUCUCGUUCUGCAUUCUUCCCUCACAUCAGUAUCAUGCUAAAGUAGACUUUGACUAGAUUUCGUUCAGUUUUUGUAUGUGAUUACAUAUUGUUUAGGUGUUAGUGGGGUAAGAUUUUGUCACGUCAACAUAUUUAUGAAGGUUUUAUCAUGAACAGCAAAGUUCUGCCAAAAACGAUGCCGUAAUGAUUACAAUCAAUAAAGAAGUCCAUGUUUGACA